AUGCGUCUCAUUGGAGGCACUCUGGCAUUUGCGGCUCUGGCUGCGGCCCGGAGCUCAUCUGCCAUAUUUGCCCCCAGUUACACAGUCUCUAGCUCUGCUACCCCAUCCGCUUCUGCAUCACCCAACGCAAACGCCUGUGCCAAGGUCGCGAAGAUCGUGGGUGAUGGUAACGAUGUCCCCCCAAAGCUGGCCUACCAGUGUCUUAGCUCGGUGCCGGUAGCCGUCGAGGAGAAUAAGAUCCUCAUCGACCAACUCAAGAUGAUGUGGGAGUGGCACUCGGAGACGGGGUGGCUAAAGAACCCCCCUUCGACAUGGGACCGCGGCCCGCUAGAUCUCAUCGGCGAGCUGGAUAAGAUCCAGCAGGACCUCGACUCCUUUGAGAGCGAAUAUCACCUCCAUCUCGCCAUACAGAAGCUCACCGUGGAUACUGGCAACUACCAUCUCAACCACUCCCCGGGCAUCCUCAAGAUCUUCGGUUUUCGGCGCACAGUCCAACUCGCCACCGUGUCCCCGGACGGCAAGACCGACCCAAAGACCUACGUCGCCGGCGACCUGCUCGUCCAGAAUGAUCACAAGAACAUCUCCAUCUCCCCAGUUACCAAGAUUAAUGGACAAGACCCCCAGAAGUACCUGGCGGACCUUGCCUCAUGGGAGCAGUAUUCUAAUGCAGAUGCCCGUUACAACAGCCUAAUGUACCGGGGCUCUGGCAAGCUGGAGUCUGCGGGGGCUUUCUCCUACAGCCCUAUGAGCUUCAGGGGCCGGUAUGACGGCCCCGAGACCGUGUUCUUAUUUGAAAACGGCACCAGGAAGUCCUUCGAGAACACCGUCGACAUAGGGAUGAGGGAGUUCGAGGGCGUCACGAGCGGCCAGUCGUUGUUCGACAAGUACUGCCGCGGCGUGCUCGGCGGCUACAGUCCCAAGUCUCCCGAGAAUAGGAGGGACCUGCCGAGCGAGUGCAUGUCGCGCACACAAGGAAUCCCCGAGGACGGUUACCCAGAGGCUUUGGCCAAGGACUGCGAAGGCGUCGUGGCGGGUUAUAUCGUCGACAACCCCAACGGGGAGGCGCUGGGUGUGUUAAAGAUUGUGAGCUUUGAACCAGAAGAUGAUACCGCCCACAAAGAAUUCCAAGACGUGGUAAAAAAGUUCGUGGUUGCCGCCAAAAAGCAGGACGUCAAGAAGCUAGUCCUGGAUUUGCGCGAGAACGGCGGCGGUUCUGUCGAGCUCCUCCUCGAUACCUUCAUGCAACUGUUCCCAACCCUGACACCUUUCAGCGCGCAGCGCUAUCGCGCACAGAAGGGCUACACUUUAGUCGGCGAGGCCUACGAAGAAAUUCGGAAUAACGAGACGGCAUCCGAUCAGUUCGGGAGUCCUGCAGAUCGCGAAAUGAGUCUUUACGACUGGCAGUACGAUAACUUCUUGGAUCUGAAUAACGAGCCGUUCGAUAGCUGGGACGCUUGGGUGGGACCGCACGCCUUCAACGACGACCAGUUCACGGCCGCUAGCCGCUACAAUCUAUCGAAUAGCAACAAAGAAAGCGUCCUCGAAGAAGACUUCGCCUUCUUGAAGGGACCCGCCCGCUCGUCCCCUUUCACCGCGGAUCAGACGGUCAUGCUACUGGAUGGCCUCUGCGGCUCGUCGUGCGCCUCUUUACACGAGGAGCUGAAGAACAUCGCGGGGGUUAAGUCCGUCGUCGUUGGCGGUCGUCCGCGCGACGGCCCCAUGCAGGCCCUCGGUGGCACCAAAGGGGGCUCCCCGAUGGAACUCAAUCGGAUUGUCCUCGAGGCGGGCGGCAUGUACAAUGCCACCAAGGAGCUCGGGAUCGCCGGUUACGAUGACCUGAAGCCGUAUCUCUGGCCGCAGCCGUUGAUGACCCGCGUCGGCGACGACAGGUCCAGUGUCCAGAUCCAAGAUCAGAUCCGCAAGGGCGACUCCUCCCAGACUCCCCUGCAGUUUAUCUACGAGGCCGCCGACUGCCGUCUCUUCUUCACCCCCAAGACGCUGCUGGACCCCGCGGCCAUGUGGACCGCCACCUGGGCAGCGUUCACCGACGACUCCAAGUGCGUCCCGGGCUCCACCAAACAGAAAUCAAGCAUCAGCGGCGGCUACAAGCCGUUCGGGAACGGCGAUCUCCCUAGCACCAUAGAUGACAACAGCGAGGUCCCCUCAACCAACGGGGCGGCUGUGACUCGUCCUGCCUUGAUGGCUGGUGCUGCUGGCCUCUUGAUCAGCCUUUUCAUCUAA